GGGUGAUAAAAGCACCAUAUUUUGGAAUAUUUAUACUUGAUGAACCUUUAUUGGUAUUAAAAUCUCCUGAAUUAAUUAAGGAUGUUUUAAUAAAGGACUCUGCCAUUUUCUGUAACCGAAGACCAGCUAUCCCUACACAUCCUCUAUUGGCACAAGCAGUAUUCUUUCUAAAAAAUCCAGAGUGGAAACAAGUUAGAACAAAACUAUCACCUGUUUUUACUUCUGCUAUGUUAAAGAGCUUAUACCGUAACUACUUAAUCGAAGUAUGUAAUUCCAUGACGAGAUUCCUGAACAAAAACAAAGAAAUAAUUGAUGGCAAAAGAGUCGGUGAACUCUUUACGUCAGAACUAUUAUUUAAAUUCGUUUAUGGGGUGAAUUCGCAUAGUUUCGAAGACAAAACUUCUGAGAUAGAAUCAGUUGUAGAGAAAAUGGGUACAUUUACUUUCAGAAAUGCACUUAUUCAAAACCUAUACUUUAUCAAACCAUCAUGGGCAACCACUUUAAAACUUGAUUUCAUAUCGGAAAGCUUAAUGAAGUUUUUUGAAGGUGUUUUUAAACAAGGAAUGAAAGCGAGGAAGGAUUAUAAUGGUAAACCUCAAAUUUUUGUUGAUUUUGCUAACAAAUCUCAAAGAAAAAGAAAGUGGAAAGCAAGAUAUCUUAGAAUUAGAAACGUCCAUCUCAACUGCAAUAUCGUUUUUAUUAGCUGGUAAAGAUACAAUGAACACGGUAAUUGGUUUCACUUUAUAUGAAAUUGCCAUGAAUGAAUCUACACAAACUAAAUUAAGAAAAGAAAUCGAAGAGAAUGUAAAUAAAUUUGGUGGUAUAUCAUAUGAGGGAGUACACGAAAACAAGUAUCUAGAAAUGUGCAUCAAAGAGACAAUGAGAAAAUAUCCUCCUAUACCGUUUCUGGAUAGAGUGCCUACCUCUGAUUACAAAUUUGAGGGUACGGAUUUGGUAGUGAAAAAGGAUAUGACUGUAAUAAUACCAUUCUUUGCACUUCAUAGGGAUGAAAAUUAUUUUCCUAAUCCUGAACUGUAUAAUCCAGAACGAUUUGAAAACGAUAUGGCAUCAGAAGGUCUAAUUUACAUUCCGUUUGGAGCAGGUCCCAGAAUUUGUAUAGGUAAACGUCUUGGGACUCUAAGUUUAUUAGUGGCAUUAUCGUAUAUUGUUCUUAAUUUUAAAAUUGAAAAAUGCCACGAUACUCCAGCCAAGAUCGAGUUUGAACCAAAAAGUUUUCCUCUUGUUUCAAAAGUGGGCCUUCCUCUUAUAAUUACGCCUAUAAAUAAUGAAAAAAUGUGAUAGAAUAUUGUAUUAAAAAUAUUUUUAUUUGUAUUAUUUGUUAAUAAAAAAUAUGAUUUUUAAUCCAAA